AUGGACGAGUUAUCGGAUUGGAUGCUCACAUUUAAAGGGAAGUUGGAUGAUACAACCAGUGCGAAAGUGUUUCAAACAUUAAAAGCCAACAGCUUUAACACAAGACCACAAUUAAAGUUGUUAACAAGGGAACAGAUCGAUGUUAUGUUUCAAACAGAGUUAUUUUUGGGCGCCAAAAGUUUACUUCUUUAUAAAUUGGGAGUUCUUCGCGAGAAUUCCCCUUUACAACCGAUCGCAAACACGAGGAAAAAGAUUCAAAAGAACGAAGAAGAAUCAUCUCAAGCUCGUAAAGUAAGUAAUUAAGUUGACUAUUUGAAAUUUAAAAAACCCCAGCAAGGUUCAGUACUACACAUGAACAAAUUAUACAAAUAUAAUGCAAGCAGGGUUUCCAUAAACCUUUCCUAUGUAUACUUUUACAGAAUGUCUUAUCGGCAUUACAAUCACAGGCUGAUGUCCUGAAAGAUAAAAUGGAAAACCAAUGCACUGAAUGCAGAGAGCUUCAAAUGAAUAUAGAUUCAAUGGACAUUGUUGUGCGACCACUGGAAGCUGUGGGAAAAUUAAAAGUGGUUUGUGGCCAUUGUCACCACAAAGGACACAGAAACCAAGGCACGAAUCCUUGUCGUCUGACAAAAUGUACAGAUUAUACGUACUGCGGGGUAAAAGAGAAGCACCCUGAGUAUUUCCAGAAACUUAAUGCCAUGAAAAUGGAACUAAGUAAACGAAAGGCAGCGAUAAACGACCUUGAUACCCAAGUAGCGUCGAUGGAAAAUUUUUCAACCAAGAGUGAGUAUCACUUUAUGAAAAAUCUAACUCCACGUAUGUUUGGGAUGGACAGUUUCUAUAAAAUUAACCAGGCAAAACUUUUGAGAGACGUAAGAAUUCUCAGAACUGCAUUGGAUGGUAAAAUUCCCGAUGUUAUGGCUAAUGACGCUGAACAACUACGAAUUCUGCUCAAAAAAUGCAAAAGAGAUAUGAAAGAUGAAGUAAAUGCCUCAUUUUCAAGCGAUGAGGAGAUGGAAAGCAAUUUUGACGAUUUAUACACCAAUAACAACACCCAACCUGAAGAAAUCUCCAACAAGACCUCCAGUUUAUGUGUAAAAGAUCGAAAACGGAAAAACACAGCAAGAAAAGCAAAAAGAAGCGUAAAAGAUGAAGAAAAUCAUCAUCUUCUAGUAACGACAUGGAUACGGGCGGGCAUCACAAUGUCAAAUCAAAUAGCCUGUUUGCGAGGAAUUAUAUUGGUGGUCAAAAUAAUACGGGAGAUCAGCUACACGCACCAUAUAUGCCGAUUGGCUCUACGUACCCUGCACCUAUGUUUGACCUAA